AUGGCGACUGAUGAAACGAUACUCAAUCACCUGAAGAAAGAGAUCCCAGUAGAUGAAGAAUCCCUUCUUCUAAACCAUGACUCAAGCGUCGGUCUCGUCAUCGUUGACGUGGUCAACGGUUUCUGCACCGUUGGCUCCGGCAACAUGGCUCCAACAAAGCCCAACGAACAGAUAUCAAAGAUGGUAGAGGAAUCCGCAAGGCUUGCAAGAGAGUUCUGCGAUCGUAAAUGGCCUGUCUUUGCGUUUUUAGACUCUCAUCUUCCUGAUGUUCCGGAGAUUCCUUAUCCUCCUCAUUGUAUUAUAGGGACUCAAGAAGCAGAACUUGUUCCUGCUCUACAGUGGCUUGAAAGUGAGAGUUGUGUCACUCUUAGGAGAAAGGAUUGCAUUGAUGGGUUUGUGGGUUCGAUGGAGAAAGAGGGUUCUAAUGUGUUUGUGGAUUGGGUUAAGGAGAAACAGAUCAAAUCUAUUGUGGUUGUAGGUAUAUGCACAGACAUAUGUGUGUUUGAUUUUGUGGCCACUGUACUCUCUGCUCGAAACCACAGUGUUCUUCCUCCUCUAGAAGAUGUGAUAGUGUACUCACGUGGAUGCGCUACUUUUGACCUUCCUCUUCAUGUUGCAAAAGACAUUAAAGGCGCUCAGGCUCAUCCUCAGGAGCUGAUGCACCAUGUAGGUCUAUACAUGGCUAAAGGAAGAGGAGCUAAGGUAGUCUCUGAAGUUUCUUUUGAUCCUUGA